GGGGUCCGGCGGCCCCGGGCGGGGCGGGCGCGGCGGGCGGGGCCGGCGGCGGGGCGGGAUCGGCUCUGCGGCGGCCGCACCGCACCGAGCCGAGCCGAGCCGAGCCCAGCCGAGCCCAGCCGAGCCCCGCCGCCCCGGGCCGAGCCCCGCCGCGCCGGGAGCGCCCCGGGCCGCGCCAUGCGCUGAGGCCGCCGCAGCCAAGGGCGGAUCCCGGCAGCACACGUGGCAGCAGCAUCUCCAGGGCAAGAUGCCGGAGCAGAGCAACGACUACCGCGUGGUGGUGUUUGGCGCCGGCGGCGUGGGCAAGAGCUCGCUGGUGCUGCGCUUCGUGAAGGGGACCUUCCGCGACACCUACAUCCCCACCAUCGAGGACACCUACCGCCAGGUCAUCAGUUGCGACAAGAGCGUCUGCACCCUGCAGAUCACCGACACCACGGGCAGCCACCAGUUCCCAGCCAUGCAGCGCCUCUCCAUCUCCAAGGGCCAUGCCUUCAUCCUGGUCUUCUCCGUCACCAGCAAGCAGUCCCUGGAGGAGCUGAAGCCCAUCUACCAGCAGAUCGUGCAGAUCAAGGGCAGCGUGGAGAGCAUCCCCAUCAUGCUGGUGGGCAACAAGUGUGAUGAGACCCAGCGGGAGGUGGAGAGCAGGGAGGGGGAGGCCAUGGCCAAGGAGUGGAAAUGCGCCUUCAUGGAGACCUCCGCCAAGAUGAACUACAACGUCAAGGAGCUAUUCCAGGAGCUGCUGAACCUGGAGAAGAGGAGGAACGUAAGCCUCACCAUUGACGGGAAGCGCUCCAGCAAGCAGAAGAGGACAGACAAAAUCAAGGGGAAGUGCAGCGUCAUGUAGAGCCCUGGACUGACCCGCACCCCCCUCCAGUCCCCCCCUCCCCCCCUGGACGUGGCAUCUCAGCGGGGCUGUCCCCUCGUCCUCCGUGCCAUCACAGUGACUGCGCGGGGACGCGCCGGCGGCGUGGGCUGCACUCACCCCAGGUCUGGGGGCGAAGACGGGGCGUCCCGCUGAGCCGAGGGAUGUUCCACCACCCGGCGCUCGGCACACCAGGACUGGGGACACACGGCCGGGCACCACCGGGGAGCACAGGGACGCUCGCACCCCUCCAUGCUCUGCGGCACAAUGGGUGGCACUGGCCGGUCCCCGUCCCCCUCCCCGGUGGGGGACCCCAUGUCGGUCCUCGGGGGUGGGAAGGACAGUGCAACACGGGGGUGUCAGUGUCACCCUUGGGGACAGUCACACGCGUCCCAGGCCCUCCCAGUGCCCCCAGCCCCACGCCAUAGCGCUCUGCUUCUGUAGGCAGAGACCUGGGGCAGCAGCAGCCCCUGUGCAGUGCCCACCGCCCCGGAGUCCCCAGUCUCAUCCCAGCACUGCAACCCCUCCUGCCCCCAAGCCCCCAGCCCCAUCCCAGCACCAUGUCCCCUUGUGUCCCUGAGCCCCCACCCUGUGCCGGUGCCACAGCCCGGAGCCGCCAGCCCAAGCACAAAGCAUCGGGUCCCAGGGAGGUCCUGACCCAGCACAAUCCUGGUGAGC